AUGGCCCGUCCCCCACGAGAUGCCUUCCAAAUCGGCUGGAUCUGUGCCCUUCCGAUCGAAGCUGCAGCUGCUAUCGAAAUGCUAGAUGAGAAGUUUGGGAUUCUCGAGGAGCAAGAUGCAGCGGACUCGAAUACCUAUACGUUGGGCCGAAUCGGCAAACAUUACGUCGUGAUCGCCUGCCUCCCUGGAGGCCAGUACGGAACCACCUCUGCUACCACGGUCGCAAAUAACAUGCUUCGCACCUUCUCCAAAUCACUUCGAAUCGGACUGAUGGUCGGUAUUAGAGGUGGAAUCCCUUCAGCUGCUCAUGAUAUCCGUCUCGGCGAUAUCGUCAUUAGCUGUCCCGAAGGCACUUGCGGUGGGGUGAUUCAAUACGAUACGGGCAAGAUUAUCGCAGAUGGUGAAUUUGAGCGUACUGGCUCGCUGAACAGUCCCCCGAAGGCGCUUUUGACUGCAGCUGGCAUGAUGAGAACUGCCGGGCUGACAGAUAAUCCCCAGUACCCGGAAUAUCUCCGAAACGCAAGCGGAAGAACCGCUCGAACUCGGAAGAGUUUUGGCAGGCCUACUGCAAAUUCCGAUCGACUCUUUCAGGCCAUCCAUGAUCAUCCUGCUAGUUCGAGCAGCUGUAACGGAUGUCUAGCGGAGUAG